CUUGCGCUGUGGUUGGCUUGUGUUCAGCAGACCUUUUCCUACUGGCACGAAAACGCCCCCGACCGACACGGCGCGUCCCUCUCGGCACGGCAACUUCAACAAGCCGCAUUGAUCCCCACACACACAGACACCAUGUGCCCCCCCGGCUAUUACUACAGAAACACCCCACAGGUGCGCGAAGAGGCAUCAAGAUCCACGUGACGCACCAUACCCUCUGCCGAAAAUGGUCAGGAUGAAGAUUGUCUGCCGUGUCCUGAGGAUCACUAUUGUCCCAUGGCAGUGGAUACGCAUCCCGUUGAGUGCCCUCCACACACGAAAACACGCACCAGUGGCGCAUCUCAUAUUUCGGAGUGCCUUUGUGACCGCGGCUAUGGCUUCGAUUGGACCGACACGCAGUGCAAAAGGUGCCCUGUUGGGACAUGGAAGGAUAGGCUUGGCAACUCGUAAGUGAGAGUCACGUACUUGCACACUGUGUCCAAGGCAAUUUGACUCAUGUCUUAUGCGUGUGUGCGUAUACACAGGAGUGUCUGGCAUGUGGGGAUGGCUUCUCUUCUUUCGAGGGCAGCAUUUGGUAUGAGCAGUGCUUCUGUCUGGCUGGUUAUUACUUUGAUGGGGAGCGAUGCAGAAAAUGUGCGGAUGCCUUCACGCCCGACAAAUACGGCAGAUCCAGCGCUAAGUGCGUGGGAAGGCUUACAGCCGAAAUUCAGCAGCAGCUGCACGUUGACCCGUACUUCAAAGCAAUCAGCUUUGAAGACCACGUGCCUCCCUUUGCCCCUCCUGGCUACUUCCGUUUUGACAACCGCCUCGACCUCGAGACAGAGGAGGAAAGCGCUGAUAAUCCUCUUUUUGCAAUACACGGUCGAUCAGCGCCUGUGAGAGGAUCCCGAGUACAGUAUCUGCCAACUUUUAUGAAAUGCCACCCCUCUCGUGCAUGUCUCGGGAGCGACGUGAACAACACCAAUGUCUGCCACAAAACAUGCAGGGCGUAAGAGGCCGUGUGGGGGAGGAGGGAAGUACUUGUACAGUGACACAGAUGUGUCUCUUCCUUGCAGAUUGUGUGCAAUGAAUGCAAGGAAGGCUUUACAAGGAAAGUCAUUCGGAUGCAACCUCGUGCGUGCAACAAGCAGUACCCCUCUCCCCUAUUUGUGCAGGACAAGCCCUGGUAGCGUGUACGCCGAGUGUCCGUCGGAUACGUUCAAUGCUCUGGCGUUCAUCGCCAUUGGGAUCGCCAGCUGGAUAUACGCAUUCAUCAUGACUAAGCUCAACAUGGCUGCUGGCGUCAACCGCAAAACCAUUCACACGUGAGUGAGUGAGCUUCCAUGGACCCCACACAGUACGCCCCUGGCUGGACAUGUCUCAUGUCUCGUGCACAUCAAAGGCUUCGCUCACACUAUGUGUCUGCAGUGUGGUCUUCAAGAUCGGUAUCAGCUACUAUACGAACAUCAACAUUCUCGGAAAGUUCGACAUUCAUGCUGCGAAGUGGCCGGAUUGGUUGAGAGAAGUCUUGAGCUAUCUCUUUUCGAUCGUUGAGCCAUCAGACCCCACGGCAUAUCAGUCAAUCGAGUGCUUCGUCAGGCUGGUAAGCGAGCCUCACAUUAUCCCUGCAUCUCAUCGUGGUAUUGUAUUGUGCAGGCUGGCAGCGGCGUGACUCCAGCACAUGCAUUUCGGAUGCAUCGCACUGUAUAA